UAGAAGUGCUUUCUAGCAAAGCUACAAAUAUAUGCUUUCUGCUUCUAAAUUAUGACUUCUACUUUUACAUAACUCAUCACACUCCCAAACACCCUCUAAAUAUGGGUUCAACUAUUUAGUUAGGUAAGGUAUGAUAGUUUCCGUUUGGUAUUUUUCUGUUCGUGAAAGUUUUUUAGCCUACUCUCCAGCCUCCUCCAUUCUUGUUCCGUACGACACAUUCACCGGCUGCUCCGGUUUCCCUCCACCAUUACAUCCUAUCUCUUCUCGCAUCGCUCUUUCGCGUUCGUCCUCACAUGAGCGCCCCGAUCAUCUUCUCUUCGGAAGCUUUAAUUGUGGUUGUCUCGUCCUGCUCACCUGUUCUGCCCGUGAAGCUUCUGUUGUGGAAGUUAAAGUUUCCUCUAGAUGGCAAGUAAUGGGGAAGAGGAAGAGGCACCUCCUCGCGGAAACGAGUGGGAAGUUGUAUCCCUUGCAUCGUCGGCAUAUGCUGCCCUGAAUAAUGAAAGCAGGUCUUUUACCGAGUAUGAACGCGAAACAUCUGAGGCAAUGUUUAUGUCUGGUCACUUUGUUUUUCCACCAAGUCAGCAUGAAAAUCUACCAUUGGAAACAGAGAAUAUUAGUGAGACCCAGACUGAACAGAGUGUAGAAAAUGUGGAAUUCUUAAGCGAGGAGGUGACUGUUAAACAACUCGGCUCAUCUGGAUUUCAUGGGAUUCAGAUCUUUGAUGAUUAUGGGAAUAUCUUACCCAUUUGUGAUGCAUAUAUGGAAGAAGAUAGCGCAGCACAUGAGGUUGAUUUGGAAGAUAAUGAAUCAGUUUUCCACAGUACUGCACUGCCUAGUUCCUCACAUAGUAAUGAAAACAAGGAUGGAUCAAAUAUUGUUGAGGAAAGCAGUUCAAGAAAUUGCCGGUCUGAACCUUCUCAGCAAGAAUCAAAUACGAAUGAGCAUGACAAUGAGAUUCCUUGCCAAGCUUGGUGGAAAAGGAAAACUGCUUCUCUUGUUUCACAUGCUAAAGAGGCAAAUACGUUUUGGUCUGUCUUUGUUGCGGCAGCUGUAAUGGGACUUGUGAUUCUUGGUCAGCACUGGCAGCAAGAGAGGUGGCAGAUCUUGCAAAUGAAGUUGCAUCGUGGACUUCAUGAUGAGAGGAUUGUCCGGAUGUUUGGUCCCCUUUCACGGAUUAAAGACAUAUUUGUGGGUGGUCACAACCGGGGUACAUUCAUCAAAGACAGCAUCUCUUCAGUGCGACAUUGAAUACCGUACAAUACGGAGGACAAGAGAGGCUCAAGUAGGCCAGUCAAUUUGUCUCGGAGGUUUUUUUUUUUUUUUUGAAAACAUUUGUCUCGAAGGUUAGUCUUACUUUGUGUUCUACUUGUGACCGAGGAGACAACUGCUGUAAACAUAUAGUGAUUUCCCCUAUGUUUCUCCACAAUCGUAUUUGGUAAUUUUAAGGAUGGAUUUCCGUUGUAAGGUGACAUUAUUCAGGGACGAUUUCUCACAACACUUGUAUUCCAUGAAUAUGUUGAGUUUUUC